AACCCCAGAACUCAGAACACUGCUUCAGAGGCAGCUGUGGCCUCCAUGUGCUCAAGUAGGAACUUCAUUUCUGCCCCUGGAUUCCUCGGGAACACCCAUUAGUAGACAGGUCCUGCUCUCAUCACAAGGGGAAACAUAAGGCCUGCUCUUCAGACUCCCAUACCCCCUCUGAAGUGCCACAGAGCUGAGUGCCCCAGCUCAACGUGGCCCUACAGCCCAACAGCCAGAGAGUAAUCCAGCUCCUUGCAGGUAUGAACUUGCGGAACAAGACCACUUUGAUUGACAGGCCAGCCAUGGAACUGCUCUGGACACUACUGCUGAUGGUGGCUGUUUGCCUCUCUGAGGUCCUUGGCUCACCAGGGAUAGACACCAGCAUCAACAUUUCCCGGCCUGUGCACAUCCUGGAGGAUCAUAACUUAAUGGUGCUGACUCCUGAAGGCCUGACUCAGACACUGAAUGAGACCCGUUUCCUAAUGGUGAUUUUCCACAAUCCAUCCUCGAAGCAGUCCAGGAAGCUGGCUGAGGAGCUGGGCAAAGCUUCAGAGAUCGUCGGCAGGGGCAAGAACGGCUUGGGCUUUGGCAAAGUGGACAUCACUGUGCAGACGGAGCUUAAGCGGGAGUUUGGCAUCAAGCAGGCCCCGGAGCUGAAGCUGUUUUAUGAGGGCAACAGGUCUGACCCCAUCAGUUGCAAAGAUGUGGUUGAAUCUACAGCUUUGGUUGUUUGGUUGAGAAGACAAAUUCUCCACAAAGCACCUUUGUUCAACAACACGGAGGAAGUGACAAAUUUUGUGAAAUCCAGGCCCUUGGUCAUCGUUGGCUUCUUCCAGGAUUUAGAGGAAGAAGUGGCAGAUUUGUUUUAUAACUUCGUCAAGGACUUCCCAGAGCUUACGUUUGGAAUGAUAGAAAUAAAAAAUGCCUUUGGGGGUUUCCAAGUGAUCCUUGACAGCGUCCUGGUGUUCAAAAAGGGAAAAAUUGUGAAACGUCAAGAGCUUAUUAAUGACAAUACCGACAAAGAUUAUCUCAAUCAGGUUGUGAAACAGCAGCUUACAGCUUUUGUGAUUGAAUAUAACCCUGAGAAUAAGGAACUGAUUUAUGAACUGAACAUCUUGAAUCACAUGCUGCUCUUUAUCUCCAAAAACUCAGAGCCAUACAGCGUCAUAAUCCGGCAUUACAGAAUGAUUCCAAAGGAAUUCCAGAACAAGAUCCUUUUCAUUCUUGUGAAUUCGGAUGAACCCAAAAACAAACGCGUCUUCGAGCACUUCCGGAUCUCAACAGUCAAUGUCCCAUCUGUUCAAAUCCUGAACAUAACCUCUGAUACCAGAUACAAAAUGCCCACAGAUGAUAUAACCUACGAAAACCUCAAGAAAUUCUGCCUCAGCUUCCUCAGCAAAACUGCCAAGAAACACAAAACCAGUGAAGAGAUUCCGAAAUAUUGGGACCAAGGGCCAGUUAAGCAGCUUGUGGGGAAGAACUUCAAUGUGGUUGUCUUGGAUAAGGAGAAGGACGUGUUUGUGAUGUUCUAUGCACCUUGGUCUGAGAAGUGCAAGGUACUGAUACCGCUGCUGGAAGAGUUGGGCAUAAAGUAUCAAAAUCACUCCACAGUCAUCAUUGCCAAGAUGGAUAUAACAGCAAAUGACAUUCAGCUGGAGAACCCAGAUCAGUACCCGUUCUUUAGGCUUUUCCCUACCGACUCACAAGAGGCUGUCCCGUACAAAGGAGAACAUACCAUGAAGGGCUUCUGUGACUUCCUGGAACACCAUGUCAAGAUUAGGAUCGAGGAAGAGGAUGAGCUAUUGUCCAUUGAGCAAAAUGAAGAGCUAGAGGAGGAAGUGAUAGCUGAGCCAGAGACCCAGCUCACAGAGAAGUCGCCUGAGCAGCAGUUGCCCAAGCUGGAGGAGGCAACCAAACAGGACAGGCAAGCGAAAGAGUCACCCGUGCUGGAGAGCAUGAGCAAGGCAGCAGAGCCAGUGGGAAGGAAGGAAACAGCUGAGCGGGAGGAGGAGAUGGCUCAGGGAAAGCCACCGCCUCCACCAGGGAGGAAGCUGGAAGUCAAAGAAGAACUUUAGCUUCUCCGAAUUCAGGAAGGAAGGAGCCUAAUCCUAGGCCCUGACAUCAGUUUCUGAGCCAAUCUACUCUGACAAUGCUGUAUAUCAUAUGGUAGGGUGGCUGGGUGGGUGGGGCUAGAUAAUAAAGUCCAUGAAUGUC